AGUCAACAUCAGUUUCAGCAGAUAUUCAGUGGUAUCGAUAUCAAACGAUGACGUCAACAGAAAAAGGUUUCGCUACGAUAGCUAUCCAUGCCGGACAAGAUCCUGAUCAAUGGAAUCAUUGCUCGAUUGUACCACCUUUGGUGAUGUCGGUUUCUUUUAAACAGAAUGAUCCAAUGCCGACUGGAGAAUAUUUAUAUGGCAGAAGCGGUAAUCCCACACGUAACGUUCUGGAGACAUGCUUGGCUGCUUUAGAGAAAGGCAAACACGCCUUUUGUUUCUCUUCUGGAUUAGGUACUCUUACUGCUAUUACAGGUUUAUUGAAAGCAGGAGAUCAUUUGAUUGUCGGAGAUGAUCUGUACGGUGGAACCAAUAGUCACAUCCGAAAAUGCAGUAGCAGACAGGGCAUGACAUAUAAUUUCGUUGAUAUCACUGACAUACAAAACAUUAUAGAUGCCAUACAGCCAAAUACAAAGAUGAUAUGGCUAGAGACGCCGACAAAUCCUUUAUUGAAACUGAUAGAUAUAAAGGCUGUUGCUGAAAGUCUGAAAUCUCGUCCAGACAUUGUACUAGUCAUUGAUAAUACAUUUUUGACAAGUUACUUUCAAAAACCUCUUGAUCUUGGUGCCGAUAUAGUGAUGUAUUCCUUAACAAAGUAUAUGAAUGGUCAUAUGGAUGUGAUUAUGGGUGCCGCUAUAACGCGCCGGGAUGAUCUCGCGCAGAAAUUGCGGUCCAAUCAAAUUGUCAUGGGAAUUGUGCCAUCACCAUUUGACUGUGCCUUAGUCAAUCGUAGUUUGAAAACGCUCGAACUAAGAAUGGAAAAACACAUGAAAAAUGGUUUAGCUGUAGCCACAUUUCUCAAUUCUCAUCCUAAUGUUGAGAAAGUGAUUCAUCCACUUCUUUCGUCACAUCCACAACAUCAGCUUGCGCUUACACAACAAACGGGGCACAGUGGAAUGGUUUCUUUCUAUCUGAAAGGUGAUUCUAAGCGCUUUUUGCUAGCAUUGAAAGUUUUCAUAUUAGGUGGAUCCUUAGGCGGUUCAGAAUCGCUAGUCGAAUUGCCAAUUUUAAUAUCGCACGAGUCCCUGCCAGAAGAUAUGCGAGCAAAGUUAGGCAUAACUACUCAAUUAAUUCGAUUAUCUGUUGGCCUUGAAACCGAAGACGAUCUCAUAGCCGAUCUCAAACAAGCAUUGGACGCUUGCCAAUAAAUUAACAAAUGUAAUCAGAUAGCCGGAAAAGUAAUUCAAGCCGGUGUCCUAUAAUUUGUAUUAAUUAUGUUACAAAUAAUAUCAAACC